CUCGACGUCCGCUAAGGUCCUUUCGCGCGAUAACAUCGUCUGAUAGCAAACGGUUUCGACGCAUCCCAUUGGUCCAACUUGCGUUUCCUCUUCGUCGUCCGUCAACAACUUCUGGAUACGGACUCGUUGUGGCCAGAGCCGCCAGACGUCCGAGUACGAGUAGUCUGAACCACUUGUCCGCGCUCAGAUCCGUCGUCAAUAAACGACAAUCAAUCAAUAAAUUGAUAUAUCUCGACUUGGGUCGUAUCAAUACUCGCUUAGCCGCCAGCGUCGCACAAUAUCAUGGCCCGCGUUCUAGUCGGCGUCAAGCGCGUCAUCGAUUACGCCGUGAAGAUCCGCGUCAAGCCGGACAAGUCUGGCGUGGUCACCGACGGCGUCAAGCACGGCCUGAACCCGUUCGACGAGAUCGCCGUCGAGGAGGCGGUCCGGCUCAAGGAGAAAAAGAUCGCGUCCGAGGUGAUCGCCGUGUCGUGCGGCCUACCCCAGGCUCAGGAGUCGCUGCGCACCGCUCUCGCGAUGGGUGCGGACCGCGCCGUCCACGUCGAGGUGCCGCAGCCCCAGUACGACGCUCUGCUGCCGUUGCACGUGUCCAAAAUUCUGGCCAAGGUGGCGGUCGACGAGAAGGCAGACAUCGUCAUCGUCGGCAAGCAGGCCAUUGACGAUGAUUCCAACCAGACGGCCCAGAUGACUGCGGCCAUAUUGGGCUGGCCACAGGCCACGUUUGCUUCCGAGGUGACCGUAGCAGACGGCAAUGURCUGGUCAAACGAGAGGUGGACGGUGGUCUGGAGACAAUCAAAGUCAAGUUGCCAGCCGUCAUCAGCGCUGACCUGCGGCUCAAUGAACCGCGGUACGCGACGCUGCCCAACAUCAUGAAGGCCAAGAAGAAGCCCAUCAAGAAGCUCACAGCUACAGAUGUYGGUGUUGACUUGGCGCCGCGUCAACAAGUAUURAGCGUAGAAGAUCCGCCCACCAGACAGGCUGGUUCUAUUGUGCCCGAUGUCGACACUCUCAUUAYCAAGUUGAAAGAAAAGGGUCAUUUGUAAUGAGACGCUGAUAAUACUGUUGUUUUAGUUGUAACAAAUUCUCUAUGAGGUUUUCAGCUGUUACCAAUAAUAUUUUUUUACAAAAUCGAUCAUCUAUAAUAUUUUUCUUGUAAUUCAAAAGAUAAAAUAUUAUUGGUA